GAAUGCGCUUAAGCCGACGGGUACCGAAACAGCGGGGAUAAGGAUCACAAGGGAGAUAGGUCUGUGGAUGUUGCCCACCUCUCAUCUUCUCCUCUGUCAAAACUUUCCAAUAUAGCCAUUUCGUCCCUCAUCUCGGCCCAUAUUGAUGUGUUUCGGAGAACGCCUCGGUUGACCCUUGACUACAAUGGGGACCACAUCGUCCCUUCGAACCCUGGCGUUCCGGAACCGGGUGGCCAGCAGCUUGAGGCAUCGGCAUUUCUCCACGUCUGCAACUGCCCGUCGUGAGGUCCGGGAAGCUUACAUCCUCAGUGCGGCGAGGACUCCAACCGCCAAGUUCAAUGGCUCAUACACGAGCUUGAGCGCGACUCAACUGGGUGCAGUGGCAAUCAAAGCUGCCGUAGACAGGUCCAAAGUGCCUAUUUCCAUGAUCACGGAUGUGUAUAUGGGCAAUGUACUGCAGGGCGCUGUCGGACAGUCACCGGCCAGGCAAGCCGCUAUCUUCGCCGGCCUCUCGUCUAGCAUCGAGGCCACUACCAUCAACAAGGUCUGCGCAUCCGGUCUCAAGGCCGUAGUCUUAGCAGCACAAAACAUCGAGCUGGGCCUGUCGGAGGCUCAGGUGGCUGGCGGUAUGGAGAACAUGACCCGAGUCCCCUACUACGUACCUCGGGCCUCCAAUCUCCCCGCUUUUGGUCACGUCAAGAUGCAGGAUGGAUUGAUCCUGGAUGGCCUGACCGAUGUCUAUGGCCAGAUUCACAUGGGCAACUGCGCCGAGAACACCGCAAAGAAAUACGGAAUUACCAGAGAGAUGCAGGACCAGUAUGCCAUCCAGUCGUACGAGCGUGCACAGGCUGCAUGGAAAGCCCAUACCUUCGCGGACGAGAUUGCUCCGGUAGUUGUACCUGGGAAGAAGGGGGAGACUGUCGUCGAGGUCGACGAGGGAUACCUUGAUAUCAAGCUGGACAGAGUGCCGUCGCUCAAGCCAGCCUUCGUCAGGGACGGUACCGGUACCGUUACUGCUGCGAAUGCGUCAACGUUGAACGAUGGCGCUAGCGCGCUUGUCCUAGGAAGCAAAGACGUUGCCCGCCAGUACGGUGCUAGCUCCCGGGUCCUAGCGAGAAUAUGUGGCUCAGCGGACGCAGCUGUUGACCCCAUUGACUUUCCCGUCGCGCCUGCCGCGGCCGUUCCUAUUGCGCUUGAAAGAGCCGGUAUUACCAAAGACCAAGUCGCCGUAUGGGAGUUCAAUGAGGCGUUCGCUGUCGUAGUCAAAGCCAACGAAAAGAUUCUUUGCUUGGAAGGGGCAAAGGUAAACCCACUGGGCGGUGCAAUCUCUUUGGGACAUGCUCUAGGCAGCUCAGGAUCGAGGAUUCUUACAACGCUGCUUCACCAGCUGAAAGAUGGCGAGUACGGUGUAGCAGCCAUUUGCAAUGGCGGGGGCGCGGCGACGGCUGUUGUAGUGCAGCGUGUUUCUUCCGUGUAAAGACGGCAUUCCAUCCACCCCUUAGCCUGGCUUGCUGCAUGGUAUAAAUACAAAGCGGAGGGACGUAGUGGUUUGGGCCUUGGUCGGUUUAUAACAUGGCGUUGGAAAUGCCUUGGAGAUCUUCGCAACAAUCGUCCACGGUCGUAGCCAUCUUCUGCAGAAGUGUAUAUUUAGGCGCUUUCGCUACUUAACUUCACUGAGAAAAUUUGGAUAGCCACCAAAUGUUCUGUCGGAAGAGUGUCAGGACUUCGUGGCUGGCUUGGUGAGGCAGGUCCUCGUGUGGACCAGCUGUCGACUCACUCGGGCCUCUAAGCUAACAACCCGGUGAUGCCCACAUUGGACCAUUGCACUUGAAUUGAAAGUUGGCAGGAUCUGAAAAGCAAAAUAUCUAUUCAUUCACUGUUUUC